AUGGGAACUGGGAAUUGGGAAUUGGGGAUUGGGAAUUGGGGAUUGGGGAUUGGGAAUUGGGGAUUGGUGAUUGAGGGGAGACAAGGGAAAGAUGGAAGAUUGGGUUUUGGCGUUGGUGAUGUCGAUAGUGACGAUGAUGAUAAUGGUGUUGGUAAUGGUGGUUAUGAACGGAGGCUGAGACUAAGAUUGAGAUCGAGUUUGGAUGUUUGAGGAGACUAUAUACUGUCGAUGAGUUUGGAGGGGCUUAGUGCCUGUAUUGCACUUGUUGUAUUUUUCAAGAGUGUGUUUUGGGGUCGAUGGCAUAGCAUGGCAUGGCAUGACGUUAAAAUUUUGCUAUACUAUGAACUACACAAUCACUCUGAAGAAUGAAUGUGUAGCCAGCUUGAACUUCUAAGCUCACGGAAAACUCGAUAUAGAGAUAGAUUUUGACUUGAGAUCUCUUGACUACAAUUUUUACGAAAUCACUCUCAGUCAAUUAAUGCUAAAUUGAUAAUGAGUCUUCACACCUCCUCCAUCUCUGGACUGGAUGAUAUAGCAUCAACGCAUUUAUCCCGUAAAAUCAUUCCUCUAUAAAAAUGUCAAUACAUUCACACGGAGAACAAGCU